GUCAAUGCGACACAUUUUUUGCAUGUGACUUGAUCUCAAUCAAUAUUGAGAUUUUAUUCCCAGUCGACACGCAUCUAGCCUUUGUGAUUGGUCUUCUAUGGGCCUAGCGGAAGGGUACGAAAGACCGUGCAAGUCUGCUUCUGCUGAGACAGAUUACGUACGUGCUGUUCACAAUGGUUGCCCUCUUCCCUUAAUGCUUGUUCAUUCACCGCAUAAACAGGCACGCGCCCGAUAAUUACACCAUAAUCAAUGGAAUUCUUGUAUGAAUCAAUAUAGAUUUUUAUACCAGGAAUCAUUCUAAGGCGCCGCAUGUCUGUGCAAGCUACGUCAAUCACCGACAACAUCGGAGCGUGUAUGUACAUUGCCCUUCAUUCAAAUAUCGCUGAUGGUCUCGAAUCGGAGCCUUCCGCUGCCUCUCUUGUGAGUUGAAAAUAGCAUUUCCCCAACCGCCUCCACGUGAUCUUCCUCCUACAGUGUGGACCUUCAAUCACUGCUGUGGCACUACGUCUGUUCACCUAGUCUCUCAUACCUCUAUCACUCCUAUUGGUUCCCUUCUUACGUGCUCCGGAGUGUCGUCCUGCAAAAUUGGAGCAAAAUUAUCACAGGUGGUCGCGGUUGACCAAUGACUACAUAUACAUGUCACGCAUCUCAUGCUAUUAGGUUCAAUCAACUCACCUGUAGUAUGCGAUACAUGCCAUUAGGCCCCGUUCGGUACCAGGAUCCAGCCGAAUUCUUGCAGCCAAAGCGGCCUAGGCUAUUUCCAUUCACAAAUGAGUGCGCUGCUCAGGUGAUGCGCCCUGGCAUACUUCGUAACAAGAAAUUACGUUUGUUUUCUUGCAAUGGAAAUUCAGUUGCAUGCAGUGCGUUUUCGCCGACGGUCUCUUUGCAAGAUGACAUCUUUCCUCUUUGCCGCUAUUCGCGGAAUCAUAGACUGUACUAAACCAGAAUUACAGCGCAGAGGAUAUUGAGGUCCAUUCUCAGCGAAGGUGACAUUUACUUGGGAUCAUAGCAGUCACAAUGGUACAAGCACCCCUGCUCCAUGAAUGUAGAAACCCUGUUCGUAAGUGCAAUGCCUUCGGAGAUCAAGGUUCGUAUGUUGGGUAUUUUCAAUAUCAUUACGCUAUUAGCUGUGAUAUUGCUGCGAUCUGUUGGUAAAGCACUGCCUUGAACUAACGCACGUCAAUUAUGUGAAAGGCUGUCUAUGACCCAGCCUGUGAUAAAUUGUGGCCAGUUGUACCUGCUUCUAGCACUAUAAAUACUGACACCGACCAGACAGGGCGCCCUUACGAUAAUAUCUCGAAAUGUCUGGGAAGGUAGACUCAAAGCAACCGCCUCCAGCAUACAUUGCCACCGCCGACGCCGGAAACUCGCAGAGCGACUCCCCACCUCCCUCAUAUUCUGCACCGAAGUCCUACAAGAUUGGCUCACACACUCUGGGAUCACCACUGGUCGACGUCGACCAACUGAAGGCGCAUCUCGCAUUAUUGCAUGCGUUCAAGCUGCUAAGGACUGACAUUCAAAGCAAGUCUGCUGAAGAACUGAAACUACCUCGUGUUGUGAACCUAUUGGACGAGAACAAGCGAUGGGCAUGGUUUGUUGGUUUAGCCGUGGAGAGAUUCCAACGGUGGGUCAAAACGGUCAAGUACACAUCAGAGAUUUCAGAAUGGAUCGAGCAAGAACUUCCUCCAUUGGAUGUCUUGAUGGUCUGGCACGCAUACUUAUUGAAUCCUAUUUGGUAUCACGAAGAUUGCAAGCGUCUUCCCGCAUUAAAGGUCCUUAGUGACCUCAAGGAUCGUCUUCUUACUGCGGUUGUACGCAUUGGUGACAUCAGAUCCCAUGUACCAUCGGCUGAACGAACCUCCAGCUGGCAUAAGCAGACAGGGACAUAUUUUGAUCCUCUGGAGUCUACUUCACACAUGUCCCAUCGUGACGUGGAAUGCCCGUAUUGUUGGAAGCUCAUUAAAACCCCAUUGAUCACUGAUAAAGAUACGGGUUACUUACAAACCAAAUUUGCAAUUACCUGUUCAUCCUGCCGGAAGCAUAUUACGAAGGAAAUUCUUGCGAUAAGCAAAUUCGCCCAGGACCUUGUGAUGGUAGUCGAUCCUGAAGGAGCGCCGUUCAAGCAUGGCAAGCAGGGAUAUCUAGCUGGGAGCGUCUCCACCGCAGCAGAUCCAUUCAAUGCCAAGGCUGCGGUUCUCGUGAAGAACGCAUUGCUAAAUAAUAAAGUGUUGUUUCCAAAGCCUAUGCCGGCCUCAAUACAUUGGCACGAGAUGCGCACUAAGAUCCUCAAACGGACUGAUAGUUCUAUAUCAAUCCUACACCGUGAAGUCACCGCUUGCAUCCGGCUUCCACGGAGGCGUAAUCGAAUUCUCAGCGCAUACAUCGAUGAUCUGCCUUUCUCCAUAGAAUUGGUAUCUGCUGUUCUCCGCCAGGGGUCUUUCAUCGACAAGAUGCAUGACUUUGCCUGGACCGAGCCUGGCUACUUUGACGAUGCUGUGGACGAAGUAGUCCUUGUUCACGCCAUCGCACGUUAUCACGCUUUCUUGGACCUGAUGAGCUCUUCCCCAACUGCUUUGUUCGUGCCAACGUUAGACAUCGACCUCGCUUGGCACACGCACCAAAUGAUGGGAGGCAAUUACAGUGACCAGUGUGUAACGUACAUCCGGAAACUUGUAGACCAUGACGACAAGAUCGAGGAGAACUAUCUCGCGAACGCCUUUGACAUUACAUGUAGGGCAUGGCAGGAACGAUUUAAAAUUCCAUAUAUGCAUUGCGGUUGUCCUCUGCCAGGUGACACAAUCGGGCAAAAACUCACCAGGCUUACCAACCGGCUCAGCAUAUCUCGUUUGAGUGAUCCAACUGGAACCUCCCUACAUCCUCCUAAUCAUACGGACGCGCUCUCUGCGACGCAUCCCAGUGAGCACAACUCGGUUGAGCUGAACAGCCCUUCAGCAACUGCCGCUCGUAAGGCUCGCCUGCAGAAGUUGAAACAACGACGAGAACGAGACGCGAAGAAGGUCGAACAAGGGAAGAUGGACAAGGAGGCUUACGAUCGAGGGUCGGCUCAUGAUGCCGCAUUUUUGUACCCCGUACCAUUCUACUACCCUCCAGUAAUUGGUUGCGCAGCAUUUUCACCAGGUGUUGGAAAUGCGGGAGUUGGAAGUGCUUGUGCAGUGCGGAGGGGGUUGUUCAAGUGGUGGAUGUGGCGCCGCUGCAGGCGGAGGCGGUUGUGGAGGUGGAGGUGGAGGUGGAUGCGGAGGUGGAGGUGGUGGCGGAGGUUGUGGAGGAGGAGGAGGUGGUGGUGGCUGAGCAUAGUGCUCGUUCUUUUUUGUUAUUAUCUUCGUGAAGAAACCGUGUUUCAUUAUGCCUAGAAAUUGCGCGCUAAAUUCGACUGUUGAGGCAUAAUACUGCGAGUUUUUCCAUUGAAGUAACCGCCAACGACGAUACCUACCAAAUAUGGCUCGACAUUGAAGACCUCAAAAACAAAUGCUCUUACAGUAA